CAGCUCCCCGCCUCACGCCUCACACAGCGAAAGCCUCACCACAGGUAAACCCUCCUCCUCACUCACGCAAACACACUCACCCGCCUUAUACCGCCAUCACACAUACACACAAAAUGGCACCCUUCAAAGACUACACCUACACCCACUUCCUCGUCACCUCCCCCUCCCCCUACGUAGCCCACGUCCAAAUCAACCGUCCGCAGAAGCUCAACGCCUUCUCCGAGCCCGUAUGGCGCGAAUUCGCCACCGUCUUUGACCGCCUCAGCCACGACCCGGACGUCCGCGCCGUCGUCCUCUCCGGCGCCGGCGACCGCGCCUUCUCCGCCGGCUUGGACGUCCAGGACGCCGUCAACAGCCCCCUCGGCGCGGACCUCGGCGGCGACCCGGCGCGCUACGCGACGAAUAUGCGCCGCCAUAUUACCGAGUUCCAAGAUGCUAUCGCUGCUGUGGAGAGGUGUGAGAAGCCCGUCGUCUGCGUCCUCCACGGAAUCUCAAUCGGCAUCGCCAUCGACAUCUCAUGCUGCGCCGACGUCCGCAUCGCCGCGCGCAACACCCGCUUCGCCGUAAAAGAAGUCGACAUUGGUCUCGCCGCCGACCUCGGCACCCUCAGCCGGCUCCCCAAGCUCGUCGGUUCCACGUCGUGGGUCAAGGACGUCUGCCUCUCGGCGCGGGACUUCUCCGCCGAGGAGGCGCUCGCCGUGGGCUUCGUCAGCCAGGUGCACGAUUCCAAGGACGCGGCCGUCGCGGCCGGCACGAAGUGGGCCGGGUUUGUGGCGAGCAAGAGUCCUGUCGCGGUGCAGGGGACCAAGGAGCUGUUGAACCAUGCGAGGGAUCACUCGGUUGCGGAGAACUUGCGAUACACUACUAUCUGGAACGCUGCCAUGCUUCAGUCAAGCGAUACCAAGACUGCUUUGAUGUCCGGGUUGCAGAAGAAGAAGCCCACUUUCGAGAAGCUCUGAUCGGCACUUUAAGUUGUAGAGAUGUGUGCCAUCCUUUUCAUGGGAUUGCCACGGUGAUGCGGCCAUAUAUAGGCCAGUCUGGAAUCCAUUUCCAUAGACAUUCCCGGGACGGAACGGAUCAUGAUCCCCUCCCACGAAACCAUACAGAACAAACGCGCCGUAAUGUCAAGAAGGCAUGACGGGAGAUC